AUGGAGCAGCUGUCGGAUGAAGAAAUUGACCAUGGUGCUGAAGAAGACAGUGACAAGGAAGAUCAGGACCUAGACAAAAUGUUUGGGGCCUGGCUGGGGGAGCUGGACAAACUCACUCAGAGUUUGGAUUCUGACAAGCCCACGGAACCAGUAAAAAGAUCUCCUCUUCGCCAGGAAACAAACAUGGCCAAUUUUUCUUAUCGCUUCUCCAUAUACAACUUGAAUGAAGCUCUGAAUCAGGGAGAAACUGUGGAUCUGGAUGCACUAAUGGCCGAUCUUUGCUCAAUAGAGCAGGAGCUCAGCAGUAUCGGUGCUGGAAAUACUAAGCGUCAAAUCACAGAAACAAAGGCCACUCAGAAAUUACCCGCUAGCCGACAUACAUCAAAACAUGGCACCUUGAAAGGACAGUCUUCUUCAUCCAAUAGGAUAACUAAACCAUCUCAUGCCAACUACUCCCUGGAUGACAUCACCGCACAGUUAGAACAGGCCUCCUUGAGCAUGGAUGAGGCUGCUCAGCAGUCUGUACUAGAAGAUACUAAACCCUUAGUAACUAGUCAGCACAGGAGAACAGCGUCGGCGGGCACAGUGAGCGAUGCUGAAGUACGCUCCAUUAGUAACUCCUCUCGUUCAAGCAUCACUUCUGCAACCUCCAGCAUGGACUCUUUGGAUAUUGAUAAAGUAGCACGCCCUCAAGAACUGGAUUUGACACAUCAGGGGCAGCCAGUUACUGAGCAUGCUAUUUCUCUGAGAUGUCCCAGCAAGCAGGCCAAGCGUCAUAUUGACUUCACAGAAGAACAGGCUGAACUGACACCUCACUCCUAUCUGGACAGGGAAACCUCCCUUCUUCUGAGAAACAUUGCAGGGAAGCCUUCUCAUUUGCUGACCAAGGAAGAACAGGCAGCAAAAUUGAAAGCUGAGAAGAUCAGAGUUGCCCUAGAGAAAAUUAAAGAGGCACAAGUGAAAAAGCUGGUGAUUAGAGUCCACAUGUCUGAUGAUAGUUCUAAAACAAUGAUGGUGGAUGAGAGGCAGACAGUGAGACAAGUGCUGGAUAACCUGAUGGACAAAUCCCACUGUGGUUAUAGUUUAGACUGGUCUCUGGUGGAAACCAUCUCUGAGUUACAGAUGGAGAGAAUCUUUGAAGAUCAUGAAAACUUGGUUGAAAAUCUUCUUAAUUGGACAAGAGAUAGCCAAAACAAGCUUAUAUUUAUGGAGCGUAUAGAAAAAUACGCACUUUUCAAAAAUCCACAGAAUUACCUUCUGGGGAAAAAGGAAACAGCUGAGAUGGCAGAUAGAAACAAAGAAGUGCUGUUGGAGGAGUGUUUUUGUGGAAGUUCUGUAACCGUACCAGAAAUUGAGGGAGUCCUUUGGUUGAAAGAUGAUGGCAAGAAGUCCUGGAAAAAGCGUUAUUUCCUCUUGCGAGCAUCUGGUAUCUACUAUGUCCCUAAAGGAAAAGCAAAGGCCUCUCGGGACCUGGUGUGCUUUCUCCAGCUGGACCACGUGAACGUCUACUACGGACAGGACUAUCGGAGCAAGUACAAAGCUCCUACAGACUACUGUCUGGUGCUCAAGCACCCGCAGAUCCAGAAGAAAUCUCAGUACAUCAAAUACCUUUGUUGUGAUGACAUGAGGACCCUGCACCAGUGGGUCAACGGUAUCCGCAUUGCAAAGUAUGGGAAGCAGCUCUACAUGAACUAUCAGGAAGCUUUGAAGAGGACAGAAUCGGCUUACGAUUGGACUUCCUUAUCCAGCUCCAGCAUUAAAUCAGGAUCCAGUUCUUCCAGCAUCCCAGAGUCUCAGUCCAAUCACUCCAGUCAGUCUGACAGUGGACUGUCUGACACCCAGCCGGCAGGACACGUCCGCUCCCAGAGCAUGGUGAGCUCCAUCUUCUCCGAGGCCUGGAAGCGAGGCACCCAGCUGGAAGAGCCCAGCAAGGCCAGAAUGGAGUCUGUGAAUCGACCCUACACCUCACUCAUGCCCCCUUUAUCCCCACAGCCCAAGCUAGUCACCCCCUACACGGCCUCACAGCCUUCACCACCGCUCCCACCCCCACCCCCUCCGCCGCCCCCGCCCCCGCCCCCUCCGCCGCCCCCUCCCCCUCCCCUGCCCAGCCAGUCCGCCCCGUCUGCGGGCUCCUCAGCCGCGAUGUUUGUCAAGUACAGCACGAUCACCAGGCUGCAGAACGCCUCCCAGCAUUCGGGAGCACUCUUUAAACCUCUCCCUGCAUCAGGCAUGCAGCCCUCCACCUCACUGUCAGUGAAGCCUCAGAUCCUGGUACCCCCCAAUGGAGUGGUGCCGCCCCCGCCGCCCCCGCCCCCGCCCCCCACCCCCGGCUCGGCUAUGGCCCAGCUGAAGCCCGCCCCCUGCACCCCGUCCCUGCCCCAGUUCAGCCCCCCACCUCCUCCACUGAAGAUCCAUCACAUCCAACACGGCACGCAGACAGCUCCUCCAGCGCCCCCACCUCCUCCCGUCCCUGCCCCCCUGCCUCCCCAGGCCCCCCCCAAGCCCCUUGUGACCUUGCCCCCCGCAACCAGCACCAAGACGGUGCCCCCCGCAGUGACGCAGUUGCCACCCACACCUACUCCGCCAGUCCCCCCAGUAAAAAAGCAGCCGGUUCUUCCUGUGUCUCACGUUCCACCCUCUCCCCCUGUUCCUCCGGGUCCGGUGCCCCCGCCCACGCUACCCAAGCAGCAGAGCUACAGUGUGAAACCACCCCCCUCCCCGCUGUCCCCAGCGCCCUCCGUGGUGAAGCAGAUAGCCAGCCAGUUCCCCCCACCUCCAGCCCCACCUCCCGCCGAGGGGCUGCCCUUAAAGCCCGCCUCGGUCAGCCUCGCCCCACAGUCCCCCCCUGCCGUGAAAGCGAAGCCCAAGUGGCAGCCCAGCUCCGUCCCAGUCCCUUCUCCGGACUUCCCCCCGCCUCCCCCGGAGAGCAGCCUGGUGUUCCCUCCGCCCCCACCGCCCCCCGCCCCGGCCCCGCAGCCGCCGCCGCCGCCACCACCGCCGCCAGCCACACCCACAGCGGCUCCUGCCCCCGACAAAAGCAGCUCUCCCGGCAAGAAGACCAGUAAAACCUGCAGCCCCGGGGGAAAGAAACCGCCCCCGACCCCGCAGCGCAACUCCAGCAUUAAGUCCAGCAGCUGUGCGGAGCACCCUGAGCCCAAGAAACCCUCAGUAGACAGUCUAAUCAGCAAGUUCGCAUCCCCAGCCGAACCCUCGGGGUCUCCCGGCAAGGAGACCCCACCACCUCCAGCAGCGCCCCCCAAGCCAGGAAAACUCCAUCUUUCCGGAGUUAACCUUCCCGGGGUGCUCCAGCAAGGAUGCGUGUCCUCGAAGGCGGCUGCGCUGAGCGGGCGCGGCAAGGACUCGACGGUGGAGUUCCCUUCUCCUCCGUCCGAUUCCGACUUCCCACCGCCUCCGCCAGAAACCGAGCUUCCUCUGCCCCCCAUCGACAUCCCAGCAGUGUUCUCAGGAAGCACCUCUCCAAAAGUGGCCGUUGUUAACCCGCAGCCGCAGCCCUGGUCCAAAACGUCGGUGAAGAAGGCCCCUCCGCCCACACGACCCAAACGGAACGAUAGCACCCGCCUCACUCAAGCAGAGAUCUCGGAGCCGCCAGCCACGGCCGCAGUCGUGCCGCAAGUGCCCACCUCGCCCAAGUCCAGCCUUAGUGUCCAGCCUGGCUUCCUGGCUGACCUCAACAGGACACUGCAGCGCAAGUCCAUCACCCGGCACGGCUCGCUCUCCUCCUCCCGCGUGUCUAGAGCUGAGCCCACGGCCACCAUGGAUGACAUGGCAUUGCCCCCGCCACCCCCCGAACUGCUUUCUGAGCAGCAGAAAGCCGCUUACGGAGGCAGUCAUAUAUCAGGCUAUGCAACGUUGCGGAGAGGACCGCCUCCCGCUCCCCCCAAGAGAGACCAGAACACCAAGCUCUCAAGAGAUUGGUAG